CGGGGACACGUUCUCGGCGCUGACCAGCGUGGCGCGCGCCCUGGCGCCCGAGCGCCGGCUGCUGGGGCUGCUGCGGCGCUACCUGCGCGGGGAGGAGGCGCGGCUGCGGGACCUGACCAGAUUCUAUGACAAGGUGCUUUCUUUGCAUGAGGAUUCGGCAACCCCUGUGUCUAACCCUCUGCUUGCAUUUACUCUCAUCAAACGCCUACAGUCUGACUGGAGGAAUGUGGUACAUAGUCUGGAGGCCAGUGAGAACAUCCGAGCUCUGAAGGAUGGUUAUGAGAAGGAGGAGCAGGACCUGCCAGCCUUUGAGGACCUUGAGGGAGCAGCGAGGGCCCUGAUGCGGCUGCAGGACGUGUACAUGCUCAAUGUGAAGGGCCUUGCCCGGGGCGUCUUUCAGAGAGUCACCGGCUCGGCCGUGACUGACCUGUACAGUCCCAGACGACUCUUCUCCCUCACAGCAGAUGACUGCUUCCAAGUUGGCAAGGUGGCCUAUGACAUGGGGGAUUACUACCAUGCCAUUCCUUGGCUGGAGGAGGCUGUCAGUCUCUUCCGAGGAUCUUAUGGAGAGUGGAAGACAGAGGAUGAGGCAAGUCUAGAAGAUGCCUUGGAUCAUUUGGCCUUUGCCUAUUUCCAGGCAGGAAAUGUUUCGUGUGCCCUCAGCCUCUCCCGAGAGUUUCUUCUCUACAGCCCAGAUAAUAAGAGGAUGGCCAGGAAUGUCUUGAAAUAUGAAAAGCUCUUGGCAGAGAGCCCCAACCAGGAGUUGGCUGAGGCUGUCAUCCAGAGGCCCAAUGUACCCCACCUGCAGACCAGAGACACCUACGAGGGGUUAUGUCAGACCCUGGGUUCCCAGCCCACUCACUACCAGAUCCCUAGCCUCUACUGCUCUUAUGAGACCAACUCUAGCCCCUUCCUGCUGCUCCAGCCUGUCCGGAAGGAGGUCAUGCACCUGGAGCCCUAUGUUGUUCUCUACCAUGACUUUGUCAGUGACUCGGAGGCUCAGAAAAUUAGAGGGCUUGCAGAACCGUGGCUACAGAGAUCUGUGGUGGCAUCCGGUGAAAAGCAAUUACCUGUGGAGUAUCGCAUCAGCAAAAGUGCCUGGCUGAAGGACACCGUUGACCCAAUGCUGGUGACCCUUGACCAUCGCAUUGCUGCCCUCACGGGCCUUGAUGUCCAGCCUCCCUACGCAGAGUAUCUCCAGGUGGUGAACUAUGGAAUCGGGGGGCACUAUGAGCCUCACUUUGACCAUGCUACGUCACCAACCAGCCCACUGUACAGAAUGAAGUCUGGGAACCGAGUUGCAACAUUUAUGAUCUAUCUGAGCUCCGUGGAAGCAGGAGGAGCCACAGCCUUCAUCUAUGCCAACUUUAGCGUGCCUGUGGUCAAGAAUGCAGCACUGUUUUGGUGGAACCUGCAUAGGAGUGGUGAAGGGGAUGGCGACACACUUCAUGCUGGCUGUCCUGUCCUGGUGGGAGAUAAGUGGGUGGCCAACAAGUGGAUACAUGAGUAUGGACAGGAAUUUCGCAGACCCUGCAGCUCAAGCCCUGAAGACUAAAGUGUCGGCAGAGAGAAGUUGGUGGAGUCUGUGACUUUCCAGAGAAGCCAGAAGCCAAAAGCUAGGGUGAGAGAGGAAAAAGGAGAGAGACCUUCUGGAAGAGGCCCUUGGCAUUGCCUGUUACUUGCAAAUGGGAGACAAGGAAGUGGUCUUUACCAAGGGACACCUGAGAACUUACAUUGUUUCUCCUCAAACCGUGAGAGUUACAGCAGAAUGAACAAUACAAAGGAGGAGCAAGAAGGCUGGAGAGAGAAGUUUCUGGAGCUCAGACACUCUCUGUUGGGAACAGGACAUAUCAAAAGUCUCUGGGGUUUGGUCAGUAGGGCUUUUGCCACUUUGAACCUUGACCUCGGGGGCGCAGAAGUGGCAAUGAGGACGCCUGCGGGAGGGGGCUAGCCUGACUGCCGUGGCUUUUGCCCUUCUACUCACUGACUUCUGCUGAAGACUGAGCAGGGAGUGGCUCUAAUCAGCAGUGUACCUCAUAUCAUGAUUGUUUUUUAAGCAGAAAGCAACUUCUUUUUUUUUUUGUAUGAUGAUUUUUUAAUACAGUCAUUAAAAAUGUUUACAAAUC